AUGGAGGAAGAGGAAGAGGAGGAAGAGUGGGAUGAGGAUGACGGAAUGGACGACGACGACGACGAAGGGUCUGAGGACGACGAGGACCUACAGGCCUUUGCGCAGGGCAUGACGGCGAAUAUUCUUGCCCAGAUCAAUAACAUCAACGCUACCACCCAACCAGCGCCCGUCGCUGCUGCUUCUGCGCCCGAACCUGCGUUAGCGCCCGUGAUUGGCGCCCACGUUCAGCCGCCGCCGAUGCCGCCGCUCGACGAGCCGAUGCCCGAUUUUGGUGCCGACGAGCUCAUGUUCGCAGAGUCGCCGCCUCGUGCGGAGACGCCACGGCCCAUAGCAUCGAAGAAAAUUCUAGCAGCGCUCUCGACUGCACGCGGCCUGCUUGCGCUCGCAGCUCGCAACAGUUUGAUUAAAUCAAUGUUGUCGAAUUUAAUCAUUCCUGGAAGCGACGGCGCGAAUGUCCAUGACACGCUGCAAGGCCUAAGCGAACAGGGGCAUGUGCCGAAGGAUGUCGCACGGAUGCUACACCCACUUCUCAUGGCGCUGGCUACUUCUGAAUUGCUCUUCCCGCCUAAACGGGCACCCCAAAGACCAGUUGCUCACCCGGCGCCCAUCGCGCCUACGCCCACGCGUACGCCUGGGUCUGCCAUCGAAAGUACGGCAAAUCUGGUCACGAUGCCCGCGGCUCCUCGGCCCUCAACACACACAACGACGUCAAAUGCCCCAGUAUCCGCUUCAGGACCCGCGCCAUAUGCCUUACACACUCAAUUGCAUCUUGCAUGUAACGCUAUAAUCGGCUCACUCGAAGCAGCAGCUGCUCAACCAUUCAAUCCGGCUCUCAUCGCUCAACUCCAGUAUCCACUGUAUCAUGCCUUCCUCUUUGCCGCCACUGCACCUGCCACACCAUCGCUUCGCGAGCUCGCAGCUUUGAUACAGCUCACGGGUGUACUGGCUCAGGUCCCCAUUGGAGGCGCACCCAUACCACCGUAUGCACCUCCUCCGGGCACAAUGUGGACGCCACCACCUCCGCCACCGCUCAGCGAUCUCGCAACGGCCGUAUUUGGGUGUGGCACAUCCACAUGCGGACGGGUGUUCUCAAAGCUUUCGUCACUCAGAGUGCAUGAAACGAGAGUGCAUCAGCCUCGUGCGCCCCAUGUCUGCGUAACAUGCCAGGCAUCAUUCGACUCGCCGGGUCGGUUGUCCGCACAUUCGCGCAGACACAUGGCGUCGCCCGCCUGGCGCUGCGACGCGUGCGGGCGCAUCUUGCCUCUGCGCACCCUGAUUGACGCUCAUCGUGCACACGGGGCCGGCACACCUUGUGCAGCGGUUCCUAUGACGGAGCUGCCCCGUGCUCCGGCAGACGAUGCGCGCGAAGUCGCAGCCGACGAAUUACGGGCCGCAACAGGCGCAGUUGCCCGAUUGCUUGGGCCCCUUCGUACCUUCAUAUCCCGGCACGUCCCCGCGCUCGCCAUGGCUGUCGCAUCCUCCCCAUCUUCGCCUCUGGCGAAUGUGACUGCAAAAGCUCAGGCUUUGGUGGAGGAGGGCAAGGACGUGAAGGAUGUGGGGCAGGGAGUAUGGGCAGCUUGCACGCCUCCGGGGAUGAGCGCCGAGCAAAAUAAGCUGGUGGGCGAGGCGCUUAUGGGAGCUAUGGGAGCCGUGUGGAGGGAGAGUGAGGUGGCAGCGAGGAGGGAGGGACAGGAGGAUGCGGCGAUCGAGGAGGCGCUCGGAGCCACUGGCUGA